GCAAACGAGAGGAGAAAGUGGAAGCAAGACGGUAUCAGUGAAAGAAGGCAGUCUGACUGCACAGAAAAGGCGCUCGGCAAACAGCACGCACUCAUUGAGUCAGUGAUAUUCUGAACACGGAGAGCCGGUGCAUUUGAGCUCAAGAAAACAGUUUUCAGUGCAGAGAGAAAGCACAGAGACAGAGAAACAGAGGACGUGGUGUGAACAGAGAAGAGGAGAGGAGAGGUUCUUUGUGGAGAGAUGGACUCAGAUUCUGGGGAACAGAGUGAAGGAGAGCUCUCUCCAGGCCAGGAGAGCUUCAAUUCCAAGAGUUUGGCCCUUCAGGCCCAAAAGAAGAUCUUGAGUAAAAUGGCCACCAUGGCCGUGGCAAAUCUCCUCACAGACGAUACCAGCAGCGAGAUUCUGGACGAACUCUACAAGGCCAGUCGCGAAUACAUCAAAAGCAAGAAGGAAGCUCACAAGAUCAUCAAAGAUGUCAUCAAGAUUGCCCUGAAGAUUGGCAUUCUCUAUCGAAACCACCAAUUCAGUCCUGACGAGAUGGAGACCGUCGAACGCUUCAAAAAGAAGAUGAACCAGGCGGCCAUGACGGUGGUGAGCUUUUACGAGGUGGAGUACACAUUCGACCGUGGCAUUCUCUCCGAGCUGCUGAUGGAAUGUAGGGACCUUCUCCAUGAGCUGGUAGAGCACCACUUGACCGCACGCUCUCAUGCGCGGAUCGACCAUGUUUUCAACCAUUUCGCAGAUGUGGAUUUCCUGACCGAGCUGUACGGCCCAACUGAAGAGUACAGACUUAACCUGAGGAAGAUCUGCGAUGGGGUAAACAAACUCCUAGAUGAGGGCACACUUUAACCUCCAUUUCACGGUUCGUCGGAUGAAACUUCAUCAGGCUACUGGGAUUUGAAUGGAGGGAUUUUACGCAAUUUGUGUUCUUUGGUUUUUGUUUUAAAUUUAGGCUGUCAUGAUAACUUGAUGAUGUCACUGUAACCCAACCUGUAGGGAUGGUCGACCAAAUGCAGAUUAAAGUCAAAUCCUGGUCUGUAUUGUCAACGUACCAGAUGAUUGUUUGGGGAAAAUCCAUUUAAGUGGAGAGCCUGAAUGAAUCAGUGUCCCGAAAACCUGUCCUUUGUGUGCAAUUGCAGGAACAUUUUAAAUUACGAGCUCCUUUAUAUGCACUGUAUGAAAUCUGACCUACUUAUGCUUUAGGAAUGCAACCCUAGCUUUAUUCUAUGCGUCCAUAAGAACCAGUUAAGAUGUCCAGUUAAUCUACUCUUAAGGGAUAUAGUUCAUCCCAAAAUGAACAUUCUAUAGUCAGCUUCAUGAUGUUCCAAACCUGUAUGGCUUCAAAAAAAAUAAAUUUUUUAAUGUGAAUCAAUGUGAAUGCAACAGCUUCGAGUCUUGUUUCAAGCUUGACAGAGUGACCCCAUUCACUUUCUUUGUAUAACCUAUUUGAUUCUUCAGUAGAAAUCAAGUCAUACAGGUUUUAAAUGAGAUAAAGCCAAGUAAAUGAUUAUGAAAACGACAUAUUUUUGGAUGAACUAUCCCUAAAGCGUUGAGAGCUUGAGAGAAAAUUGGCACAAACCUUUGUUGAACAGAGCAUACGCCAAAAAUAGCAUAACUGAAGUGCAGCAGAAAGAUUGUAAAUAAACUUUGGGGUUUUGGUCUUCUGUCUUUUGCCUUUGUAAUGACUCGGUGUCACAGCUACCAUGAUCUCGUGCUUGUUUUUUUCAGAUCCUGAUGUUUCAGAGCAUGUAAAUGUGUGUAUACGUACAUGCAGAAGAGAAAUGUGAUUAUUCCAUAAGCCUGUUCAGUAACCCCAGAGUGUAGCACUAUUAUCUGUCAUUAAACGAUCCAUAUGAA